GUACUCCUUUUUCUGAGUUCACGAUACUUCGAAGAUUUGUAUUGGAAUCAUAUCGCUGUAUAAAUAUUGGCAGAAUUUGGCCUUGAAUUAUUCAAAUCUAUAGUGGGGCGUGAAUCAUGCCAGCAGGAUUCAAUAAUUAUUGGAAUAAAGAAUUCGAUGCAAAGAUUUGAAUGCUAGUAAAAUCGGAGUGGCGGGGCGUUCUUCCCCAAAAUCGACAUUUUCUCUAGAGAAGGCUACCAUGCCGGGUGCUGUACACACAUAAGCGAUAUAGGCAGUUCCCUCGGGUGCGACAAAGGUCGACCAACCAGCGUUCCCCAGUACGUACAGAAGCAAGAGAGAAGCACGACGGCGACCCCCCACCGUCGGCUCCGAGAUCCCGUGGAGCAGCCGCUGUCCCGAAGCAAACGACGCUCCUCGCUGCACUCUUCGGUCGUCUACGGACCUAGAGUGUUCGUUCUGUUCUUCGGAGCGGUGUGAUCAGCGUGUAUCUCUGCGAUAUAAUCGACGUGUCUUUGGUGAGAAUCAGUGCGAUCAAGGAAGACAGGAUCAGAAUGUGGCGUGAUCCUCCAGGAGGGGGGUGUAAGAUACCCACCUACAUCGCAACGAUGCUCCUACUGGCUGUCUUGGCAUUGACGAACGUGGCUUGCGCUGAGGAUGAAUCCAUGGGACCGGUAUUUGUCAAGGAACCACCAAACCGAGUUGACUUCUCUAACGGAACCGGUGCUGUCGUCGAAUGCCAGGCUAGAGGAAACCCCCAACCGGAUAUCAUUUGGGUUCGUGCUGACGGAAGUGCUGUUGGAGAUGUUCCUGGACUCAGACAGGUCUUGCCGAACGGAAACCUGGUGUUCCCACCCUUCCGUGCCGAGGAUUACCGUCAAGAGGUUCAUGCUCAGGUUUACAGCUGUCUGGCGCGUUCUCCUGCAGGUUCAGUUCACAGCCGAGAUGUUAACGUGAGAGCCGUCGUCACGCAGCCGUAUCAACCCGAAAUUCUCACGGAAUACGUGAUCAGGGGUAACAGCGCGAUCUUGAAGUGCAGCAUCCCAAGUUACAUCGCGGAGUUCGUUACGGUCGAGGCAUGGAUCAGAGAGGACGGAGAAGUCUAUCUUCCGGAAGAUCCUGCUGUCGGGCAGGAUGGAAAAUACCUGGUUUUGCCGUCUGGAGAACUGCACAUCCGCGAUGUUGGACCUGAAGAUGGAUACAAGACCUACCAAUGCAGAACCAAGCAUAGACUCACCGGCGAAACCAGACUGUCAGCUACUAAGGGACGACUCGUCAUUACCGAACCGACAGGUAACGUACCGCCACGUAUCGCCGGCGAACGUUAUGAUGGUAGCAAGCUCGUGGAUGUUCCGAGGACAAUGAUGGUGGCUUUGGACUGCUCGGCUCAGGGAUUUCCUGUCCCAGUGACAAGAUGGUACAAGUUCAUCGAAGGUUCAUCUCGCCGCCAACCGGUCCAGCUUAACGAUCGUGUACGUCAGGUUAGCGGAACGUUGAUCAUCCGUGAGGCUCGCGUCGAGGAUUCCGGCAAAUAUCUGUGCAUCGUCAACAAUUCCGUGGGAGGUGAAAGCGUGGAGACCGUUCUGACUGUGACCGCACCGUUGGCCGCGGAAAUCGAACCCAGCACCCAGACCAUCGACUUCGGCAGACCGGCUACCUUCACCUGCAACGUCAGAGGAAACCCCAUCAAGACUAUCUCCUGGCUGAAGGAUGGCAAACCCCUUGGACUGGAAGAACCCGUGCUUAGAAUCGAAAGUGUCAAGAAGGAGGACAAAGGAAUGUACCAAUGCUUCGUUAGGAAUGACCAGGAAAGCGCUCAGGCAACCGCGGAACUCAAACUUGGUGGACGAUUCGAACCCCCGCAGAUUCGUCAGGCCUUCGCCGAGGAGACUCUUCAGCCCGGACCAAGCAUGUUCCUGAAGUGUGUCGCCAGUGGAAACCCGACUCCUGAGAUCACCUGGGAACUGGACGGCAAACGGCUAUCCAACACCGAGAGGCUUCAAGUAGGGCAGUACGUUACGGUGAACGGCGACGUGGUUUCUCAUCUGAACAUCUCCAGCAUUCACACGAACGACGGUGGACUCUACAAAUGCAUCGCCGCGUCAAAGGUUGGAUCAGCGGAACACUCGGCUCGUCUGAACGUUUACGGUCUACCCUUCAUCCGACACAUGGACAAAAAGGCUAUCGUCGCUGGUGAGACUCUUCGCGUGACCUGCCCAGUCGCCGGAUAUCCGAUCGAGAGCAUCGUGUGGGAACGAGACACCAGAGUAUUACCGAUCAACAGGAAACAAAAGGUCUUCCCCAACGGCACGCUUAUCAUCGAGAACGUCGAGAGAAUGAGCGAUCAGGCUACGUACACUUGUGUGGCACGCAAUGCUCAAGGCUAUAGCGCAAGAGGAACCCUGGAAGUACAAGUAAUGGUCGCGCCUCAAUUGGCGCCUUUCACGUUCGGUGACGAGGCGGCCAACGCGGGAGAAAUGGCUACCGUUCAGUGCGCCGUGAUCAAAGGCGAUCUUCCGGUGAAGAUCGUGUGGUCGCUGAACGGUAGGACUAUCGAUGUCGGACGCGUGUCCGGUAACCACGGUUACGACAUUCCUGACAUCGUCGUGAGCAGAAGUAGUAAACGGAUCAGCACCCUGACGAUAGACUCGGUAGCCGCAAGACACGCGGGCGAGUACUCGUGCACCGCGACCAACGCAGCCGGAUCCGCUACGCACACGUCGGUUUUGUCAGUGAACGUACCUCCACGCUGGAUUCUGGAACCGACCGAUAAGGCAUUCGCUCAGGGUUCUGAUGCACGCGUUGAAUGCAAAGCCGACGGUUUCCCCAAGCCUCAAGUCACCUGGAAGAGAGCAGCUGGGGAUACACCGGGCGAUUAUACCGACUUGAAACUUAGCAACCCCGACAUCAGCGUAGAGGAUGGAACCCUGUCUAUUAAUAACAUUCAAAAGACGAACGAAGGCUACUAUCUUUGCGAAGCUGUUAACGGAAUUGGCUCAGGACUCUCGGCUGUCAUUCUCAUUUCGGUUCAGGCUCCACCCCAUUUCGAAAUUACGCUGAGGAAUCAGACUGCACGACGCGGAGAACCGGCUGUACUGCAAUGCGAGGCUCAGGGUGAAAAACCGAUUGGCAUCUUAUGGAACAUGAACAACAAGAGACUGGACCCGAAGAGCGACUCUCGUUACACCAUCCGCGAAGAAAUUUUGGCUAAUGGAGUACUGUCUGACCUGAGCAUCAAGAGAACCGAGAGGAGCGAUUCUGCACUGUUCACCUGCGUUGCCACUAAUGCCUUUGGAAGCGACGACACUAGCAUCAACAUGGUUGUCCAAGAGGUUCCCGAAGUUCCAUACGGCCUUAAAGUAUUAGACAAAUCCGGACGUUCGGUUCAGUUGUCCUGGGCAGCACCGUACGAUGGAAACAGCCCGAUCAAACGCUACAUCAUCGAAUACAAGAUCAGCAAAGGCUCCUGGGAAACUGACAUUGACAGAGUACUGGUACCUGGAGCGCAACAGAACGUAGCUGGAGUUUUCAAUCUGAGACCUGCCACCACUUAUCAUCUGAGAAUCGUUGCUGAGAACGAAAUUGGCGCAUCUGACCCGUCUGAUACCGUAACCAUCAUCACUGCCGAAGAAGCUCCAAGCGGCCCACCAACCUCCGUUCGAGUUGAUGCUCUUGACCAACACACUCUUAAGGUAACAUGGAAACCACCCCCACGCGAAGACUGGAACGGCGAGAUUCUUGGCUACUACGUUGGAUACAGACUCUCUUCUUCUGACAAACCAUACAUGUUCGAAACUGUGGACUUCUCGAAGGAGGACGGAAAAGAGCACCAUUUGCAGAUCAUGAACUUGAAAACCUACACUCAGUACAGCGUUGUUGUUCAGGCAUUCAAUAAAGUUGGCUCAGGCCCAAUGAGCGAGGAACGAAGACAACACACUGCCGAAGGAGUACCCGAACAGCCUCCUCAUGACACAACCUGCACCACUCUUACCUCCCAGACGAUCAGAGUUUCAUGGAUGUCGCCUCCUCUCAGCGCUGCCAACGGAGUUAUCACUGGAUACAAGGUUAUUUACGGACCAUCUGACACCUGGUAUGACGAGAACACGAAGGACACCAAGAUCACAUCCUCCAGCGAAACCAUCUUACACGGACUGAAGAAAUACACCAACUACAGCAUGCAAGUUUUGGCUUUCACUUCCGGUGGCGAUGGAGUCAAGUCCGCACCUAUUCACUGCCAGACCGAACAGGAUGCCCCCGAAGCACCGAUCGCUAUCAAAGCUCUCGUUAUGUCCGCUGAAUCCAUUCUUGUCUCAUGGCGCCCACCAAGCCAACCCAACGGAGUGAUCACCCAGUAUACCGUUUACACCAAGGCAGACAACACAGAGGAACCGACUAGCCAAAAAGUACCACCGAACCAACUGACUCACGAGGCUUCUGGACUGGACAAACAACGCAGAUAUGACUUCUGGGUAACUGCCAGCACCAACAUCGGCGAGGGAGAGGCUUCCAAGAUUGUGGCUUUGGCACCGAGCGUUAGAGUACCGGCUAAGAUCGCUUCAUUCGACGACAAAUUCACGGCUACGUACAAGGAAGACGUCAAAUUGCCCUGCCUUGCUGUCGGCGUACCCGCACCGGAAGUAACAUGGAAAGUCCGAGGCGCCGUUCUCCAACCGAGCGACAGACUGCGACAAUUGCCCGAAGGAUCUCUGUUUAUCAAGGAAGUUGACCGUACAGAUGCUGGCGAAUACUCUUGCUACGUUGAAAACUCGUUCGGCCAUGACACCGUAACUCACCAACUCAUCGUCCAUGCUCCUCCGCAUUCACCGCAAGUCACCCUCACUGCUACCACCACCAACUCGCUGACCAUGAAACUGAGACCUCACCCCACCGACAACGCCCCCAUCCACGGAUACACCAUUCACUACAAACCGGAAUUCGGCGACUGGGAAACCGCUCAGAUCAGUUCCACGGCUCAGAAAUACACUUUAGAAAACUUAUGGUGUGGCUCCCGAUAUCAGAUCUACGUUACCGCAUACAACGGAAUUGGCACUGGCGAUCCUUCUGACAUGCUCAACACCCGUACCAAAGGCUCCAAACCGAUCAUCCCCGAAGCUGCAAGGUUCAUCGAAGUCUCUACUAACAGCAUUACCCUUCACUUGAGCGCCUGGUCCGAUGGUGGUUGCCCCAUGCUCUACUUCGUCGUCGAACACAAGAAGAAGCACCAACAGGAAUGGAAUCAGGUAUCGAACAACGUGAAACCCGGCGGAAACUUUGUCGUUCUGGAUCUGGACCCUGCUACCUGGUAUCAUCUUCGCGUGACAGCUCACAACAACGCCGGUUUCGCCGUAGCUGAAUACGAGUUUGCUACACUGACCGUGACUGGAGGUACGAUCGCACCCCCUGUACGUAACGGUGGUAACGAGAACACGGACGUCAGACGUUAUUUCCCUUGGCUACCCAGCUGGCUCGACGUGAACGUUGUGGUACCGGUCGGAGCUACCGUUGUCGUCAUUAUCGUGGGAAUUGUGGUCAUUUGUGUCGCGUUGUCCAGGAGAACUCGAGGCCCGGAACAAACACGGCUGCGAGGUAUCUCAUCAGCCGACGAGAAAUAUUACGAAGGACAAUAUGACGUGGUAUACCAGCAAACCGGAGUCGGCGGAGCUACUCUCGACAAACGCAGACCCGACCUUCGUGACGAACUUGGAUACAUCGCACCACCGAACCGCAAGUUACCCCCUGUUCCUGGAUCCAACUAUAACACCUGCGAUCGCAUCAAGCGAGGUACAGUUAUAAGUGGAACAGGCUCGAUAAGGAGCCACUCGACCUGGGAUCCCAGACGACAUAUGUACGAAGAAUUGAAUCAUUGCGCGCCGAACCGAAGAUGUCCACCGCCACCACGUAUGGGCAGUGCCGAAGCAUUAUCCCACAGAGGUAUGGAGGAUGAGAUCUGCCCGUACGCUACUUUCCACCUUCUUGGAUUCCGCGAAGAAAUGGACCCCAGCAAGGCUAUGCAAUUCCAGACAUUCCCUCACCCCGGAAACGGACACUCUGGCACCAUGGGACCACCUGUUGGACAUCCUACCAAUGCCUCUGCCCAUAGCCGUUCUGGAUCUCAGUCUAUGCCCCGUCAAAAUGGACGCUACUCCCGAGUACCAUCACAAGGAGGCGGCAGCGGAACCCACAACGUUUUCUCUCCCGAAUACGACGACCCAGCUAACUGCGCACCGGAAGAAGACCAAUACGGCUCCCAAUACGGACAAUAUGGCGCUCCCUAUGACCAUUACGGAUCUCGUGGCUCUGUCGGACGUCGCAGCGUAGGAUCGGCCCGCAACAUCCCCGUCUCUGGAUCACCGGAACCACCACCACCACCACCAAGGAACCACGACCAGAACAACUCCAGCUUCAACGACAGCAAGGAAAGCAACGAGAUCAGCGAGGCAGAAUGUGAUCGCGACCAACUUGUGAACCGCAACUACGGCGUGAAUGCUCGCGGCAAGGACGGCAUGACCACCGAGGAGAUGCGUAAACUCAUAGAGAGCCGAUGCCAAACGGUAUACGAUCCGAUCGUUGCCAGUUCAUUUGUUUCCGCUACAGCUGUUGCUCCUGUCGUUGCUACAGAUACUGCUGCCAUUGCUGCUGGUGCUACUAAUUUUAACCGCCGCUAUUAAUACAUUUCCAUCAUCGUAUCUAAGUAAUGCAAAGAUUCGCGGUGUCACUAACGUGUCCGCGAGUCGCAGCUAAUGCAUGCGUUGCCGAAUCAUCUUCAUUUCAUCAGUUGUUUUAAUCGCUAUACUUUAGAUGCGUUGUAAUCAUCAUUAUUAGCAAUCAUUACCAUUAUGCUCGCCGAGCAUAACGUAUAAAGGUGAUACGAGAAAAGGAUUCAGAGCUUUGGACCUACAUUUGUCCACUGCUAAAUUAAAAAUGUUCAAGUUCUGAACCCUUUUCCUAUCCUACGUAACCAGGGUACUAAUGUAUCGUUGGGGGAGUUGGUGAUAACACAGUACGAGGAGGAGGAUUAAAAUCGUAACUUGUUU